CACCGGUACUUGGGGCACCGCAUGUUUCCACACCAUACCGGUACGAGAAAGAGUUCGACUAUUUUUGCAUUUGUCUGAUUACAACAAGGAAGCACUUCUUUGCAGCACUUCUUUUUCAAUUCUAUCACCUGAACCGUUCACUGAAGAAAUUUACAAUGGCCGACAACUGGGACGAUGACAGUGAUGACGACUGGGAUGUCGAUGACGACGCCCUCGACGCCAAACUAGGCUUGAACAAGUCGGCACCAGCGCCGGUCAACAAUUUUGACGAUGAGGAGGAUUUGGCCCUGAAGGAAAAGGCCGAGCAAGAUAGACUUGACAAAAUUAACCUGAAAAAGAAGGGAUCUGCUCUUGCAGCAAAGAAACAAGCCGAAAAAGAUCGCCAGGAUGAUUUGGAGAUUGCUCGAAAGGCUCUCGAACUGGAGGCCGAGAUGGAAGCCAAUAUGACACUCGACGAACGCAAAUUGAUGCAAAGAAAGAGAGAAGAAGAGUCCGAAUUAGACAUGAUGGGAGAUGCAUUCGGCGGGGGUAUUGGUGAUGGCGGUGUUGGUCGAAAGGGAGUGCAACAGGCUGGCGAUAAGGUGGUAAUGAAAGACAUGAAGGACCACAUGAAGCACGCACGAAAGGUUGCGGAUUGCAUGAAGGUAAGCCAUGUGUCUUUCUAAAUGCUGGUCUAGUAGACCUAUUUUAAACCAGAUUCGCGACGAAAAGCAAGGCAAUCGCUUUGAUUGAGCAAAUUUUGAUGCUGUAUGUAUGCCUUGCGGGAACGAAGCCACUUUCAAAAUUGGAAUUAUUCUUCAUCUUCGCUGCUCAGAGUCUGUUUUUUUCUGUCUUGAUUCGUCAUUGCUUCCGCAUGUCUGUCAUGCAACUGGAAAUAAAAUUCUUUUCGUAUAUCUAACCAAUGCAAAAUAAUAAUCUCAAUAGGGCCACGGAAAGAUCCAUUUGACAAGCAUCUUCAUCAAAGAAGUCAUCCAACAGAGUAAGGACCUACUUGAUGAUGCUGCCAUCUCAGACAUUAUCAAAACGUGCAACGUCAUCAAAAACGAAAAGGUCCAAGCAUCAAAACGUAAGGUCAAGGGUCAAGCACAAAAAUCUAAGAAACAAGAAAAAAUCGAGAAGGCCAAGGCACAGGCCAUUCAAAACGAACUUUUUGGAGAUUCGAACCAAUACGACGAAUACGACGAGUACGGAGAAGAGUACGAAGAUGCCUUUUUCUAAGCUCAUGAACUGGAUAGGUGUUCUCUAUUUCCAUUUAUUUCGAGAUUGUCUCAGUGUUGUGGUGUGGCUGCGUACAAUGAAAGAACUCGUUAUCAUUUUAAUGGGCGUAACGUGAUUGCUCAGAAUCUGUUUAUGACUUUUACGUCGAAAUCGUGAUGAUGUAAACUCAAUGUGAAAGGAAGUGAAGUAUACUGGACCAACAAGUUUCGACUCUUUCAUAGCUAACUAGCAACGUUAGACGGUUGGAUACCUGAAGAAACUAUACUACUAUUACGAGAAUCCUGUAAAUUCUAUCAUAAAUUAUUUUUGAAGCA